UUGCCCAAAGCCGACUGUGCUGCCAGUCGAUGUGCGAGGAGUAUGAAUAUCGUCCUCCUCGAAGCGGUAGCAACACUCGUGUGUUGUAGUAGAAGUAGGCAGCACAGACAUUAGACACAACAGCGCCGUCGGGAUACAUAACAGAGUCAGUGGCAGAAGAAGAAUUCUCGAGUUGGCCUAUCUGUCUGCCUCAAGAUUGUGGGCGCUGCUGCGGCUGGGGGAUGGACGAGAAGGAAUGAAGAAGUGGUAGAGGCACCAAUGGCAGCGACAGCGGCAGAACGACUAAUCAUAGCAGAGGUAGAAAUAGUAAUAAUGACAAUAACAAUAAUAACAAUGGUGCUAUUGUGCUAAUGUUGCUGGUGUUUUGAGUACUGUUAAUUGAGUGUGUCGUAGAAAACCGUAAAGUACGUGGAGCAACCGUGUGGUUCCAGAGAUUGAAUCACGGCAUCUGCAGCGUUAGCAGUUGCCAGCUCACAACUGUUUCAGUGUUCAGUAGAAUCCGCUAAGCGUCUGAGGCCGCGCGAUUCGAGAAGUGUGCAUUAGCGGGAUGACCUGGUAAGCGUGCAAGUCCAUUUCGUGGUGUGCACCAGGUGGACCCUGGCUAGCCGCCACUGCAGCUGCUUUCGUCUGUCGCUGCCAGAAAUAUUGGCAGCGCACAGACUUGCCGACAAGACAUGCGUCCAUCGAACAGAACGAGUUCCGAAACCAGCCUAGACGUGUGAACUGAUUGUGACCCAGCAGCAAUAUCGGUUACUGCUACUCGAACCCCAUAGACAUAAACGGUAAAGUGGAAAAAAAUCAGUAAGUUCAAAUGGCUAACUUCGGCGCGAAAACCAAACAAACAGCAUUGAAUCAAGCGUUUCCGACUAUUACACUUCACGGUUAGACGUUAUAGCCAACGUUUCCGUUAUCGGUUGAUACGAGCCAGGCGGUACAAAACGAACAAGUGCCCGAGUCAUCAAACAUCAUUGUGAUUGACGGUUUGCAACAGAAACAGGAACUACAUCAGUAGCGACAUCGCAUCGACAGGGACAAUGAAGAACUGGCUCGGUUAGUCAUCGCUGAGCCAUCAAACCAACAAACAAACGUACCGCCCCGACAACAACUAUCAAAUCCAUUAUUAUAUGUGAGGUGGACAAAUCAUCGUCCCGGUAAAUGCUACCAACAGUACGGACGGGAACUGCUUAGAAAGCGCCUAUUACGGCGACUGCAGCGACGAUAGUGUGAUAAUUGGCUUGUUUAUACGCUCGUCCAUUCGCGAAAUGGAUUCGAUGUCUAUUCUCCACGCUGGCUGGCUGCAGAAGAUGCCGCACGCGAAUCACACGUUUUCGAAGUGCCGCAAGCGCUGGUUUGUGCUACGCUCGACAAAGGAUGAUCGCUACCUACUCGAGUACUUCAACGAGCCGACGUCGACCAAGGCGAAAGGAAGCAUUGACCUUUCCCAAUGUCGAGGAAUUAGUCCUGAAGGAGAGAACGGACGCCGACAUUUUUCAUUCGUGCUGAAAACCAGCGAACGGCAGUACAACCUGAGCACGGAAUCGUUCGAUGACUAUAAGAUAUGGAUCUCGCGUCUCGCUGAAGCUGGAGGUAUUCCAAAUCCUCUACCACACGUUGCUAAGCGAACUGCCCCAGCUCCCCUGAAAAUUGUCCCAUCUCAGGAGAGUGGGGGUUCGCUCAGUUCCGGACCUCGGACCGCUGAUAGUUCAGGCGGUAAAGAUAAGGAGACCUCCCCCUAUAUUCCCCUUUUAGAGUGUAGGACCGGCGCAAAAUGGACAAGCGCAGACCGUACGUCACCCGAUCCGAUUAUGGACGAUAUGCGAAGAAUCGAGAUGAGCAACAAUUUGGCGGCUAGGCCGCCGCCCCCGGGGGGUGCGAGUGGCGGCCAAGGACAAUUUAACUACGAUGUUCCUCGAUCCGACCUGGGAACGUAUUCCGUUCCGAAACCGAUCGCCUCCACUGUAGUAACCGUAGGUGACACGUCCGCCUACUCGGUUCCGCGGCCUUUACCCAGCGACACGCAACAGGGCGCCUCUGCGACAUACGCAAUCCCAAAGUCCACGCCGGUUCCUUUGGACAUAUUGACUAAAAGUCCACCACCAGCAAAUGUAAAUCCACCAGAAAUUCGGACAGAUCACUAUCUCGUACCUACAAAUAAUGCCGCGGUGAGCAGUAGAUUGGACGCGUCUGUACUCGGCACAGACGCGCUCUCAUAUGACGUGGUGCCGCCACCUGUAACCUUGGUGGAUGCCCCACCACGACCACCGAAGCCUCCAGGCAUGCGAGGGCCAUUUGACGGACAUAGUGUUUGUGACGAGGGUGCCUACGAUGUGCCAAUAUCGCAAGGAGGCACAGCAGGACCACUUGACGGAGGGACCGGUCGAAUUUACGGGAAUGCAUGGGAUAUGGCUGCAUCAGCUGGACCAACUUCGACCACUGGUGGAUUUUUGCCUGACUCAACAGAACUUAUAAAUUCUGUUCCUCCAGCCGUCAAUCGAAGACUGAAGCCAAAACCUUCUCAUGAACCUGUUACGCCGCCUUCAGCCACAAUCGCAAGUACUGUACCCCGUCGGAUAAAUUCAACUAAUACGGGCAGUAGCGGAUCGCCAGCUCCCCCACCUGUUCCCACUCGAAACAAUAACGGCACCAUAAAUGGUGGGCAUGGUGGGGGUACAAACAGUUCGUCCAUAAUCUCUGGAACCCCUGUGGGGCCUCAGCACUUCUUUCCGCACGAUUUCCGAAAACCAUGUAGUGGUGCACCUGGAGGGGGAGGAGCAAGUAGUUCUACCGCGGUCGACGCUCUACUUCUCGCCGAUGGCGAUGGGCAUGAACUUCAGUACCUUGAUUUGGGCAAUGCCGAGCCAUCGACGCCAUCACCGAGAACGCCAGGCCCCCAUGGAAGCCAUCACCACGGCGGUCAUCACCUCUCGUCAGCCAGCAGUCAACAGCAGCAGCAACAACAGCAGUCACAAACGUGUCCGUCAUCAUCAACGGCGGUGCAGAUGCAGCAGAGCACUGCGAUCGAAUACAAAGAAUUGGACUUUGUCAAAACCAAGGCUCUUAACGAGACUCGACAAAACGUGAAUAAAUCGUACCGGGCACAGCUUGAAGAGGCCCACUGAAACUAUGCUUGAGAGGUACACCUGAACACGCAUACAUAGAUUCAUGUAGGACACGAUACAAUAUUUUUACACAUCUUAUUACUUCUGUUAAUGACACUGAACAAACGAAUGAAGGACAUGUCCACUUGCAUUUUAUCCUAACGAAGGUUAACAAAGGCUGCAACAGUCUUUUUCGUACCGGACAAGAAGCGCUUCCCAAGUAUUAACGGAAUGCGUCGGGGUUAGGAUAUCCGUAUUAGCCGUCUCGGUAGCAGUGAAGCUUUCGGGUAAAACUUUCGUAUCGCCUCAGCCAAUCAUUUUUUCGUAUUAUUAUUAUUAUAAUGGUGGAUUUUGAAAACAAGACGCAAUAUAUGUUAUAAUUUAUUUGAUUUUGGCUGAUAUUUGAUAACAGAGACGAUGGUAGCAGCGUCGGUGGCAGCAGUAAACGUAACGACGAAAGUGGCAAUCGAAACCUUAGUCUUUGAAGAGCUCAAGAAAUAGCUGUGUUGCUAAUCCGGUAACUGCGUUAACAUGAACUCAUUGAUAUAUAUAUAUAUAUACAUAAUGGUAUUAAUAUGCGUGGCUCUAUUAGUGACCGGUUAACUAUUAUUUAAUUUAUCGAGACGGAUGGUCUUCGAUAGCUCGUAGACGCUGCUAUUAGCCUUCCACCCUCUUUUAUGCCCCCUACCUCGUAUUGCUUAUUAGUGCUCCACUGUAGAAAAGAAGUAUUUGGGGUUGCAGGCGUUACUAAAGCUCGUGGAUGCCGCCGCGGCUCCUAGCGUCAAUGCUAUGAUAUUUCCCACAUCGAAGCAUUUGAUUUGCCUAUAUAUCUGUGCAAAAGCAACAAAUGAUAAAGCAUAAAGCGUUUUCUUGUUACCGAUUUCACCGUAAGAACCGCAAGAAUACGCGAUACGUGCGGUAUAAAUGUCGGGUCGCAUGAAUACGGAAGUGACGGUGUGCGCAUAGCCACUUAUCCUUCAUUGUGACGGGCACGCACGGACUUCACACAAGAUGAUAUUGAAAAUACAAUAGUAUCGACGAGUCAGUCGAGCUCAAGUUGUAGUCGACCAUAAGGACCAGUCUACUAUAUAUUUAUUAAAUUGACUCAAAUUCGGUGUCGCAUACCGCCAGGUCAUCAUGCACACGUAGAUUAUACGAACUAUUAUAGAAGGUAAAAGGGGUGUUGAUCCACAGAACUAUAUCGUAUAAAUUAGACUUGAUUUCGGUUAUUGUUGUAUAGAGUGUUGUUAUUGGUAGCCGCAGGUGGCUGACAUAAGGUGUGCAAAAACUAUUCCCCAUCAACUUGUUAGAGCGAUGUUGCCCAAUUCAAACGAAUGAUCUUGUUUCUAUUCAACAUAUUUGCACUAAGGAUACCAGCAACGCCGAGGCUGCGACGUAUCUCGUAGCAGCCGUCGCCAUAUAAUGUAUAGACUAAACAAAAGGCAUAUACAUACAUCAAUAUGUUUUGAGUUAUAAGAACAAUGUAUUUUUGAUGAAUGAGAAUGAUAGGAUCGUGAAAUAUCAAACGUGAUACAAGAUGUCGAGCCGAAUCAUUAAUGACACACACUGGAACUAUUCGAGAAUUAGCUUGAACACGACAUGGAGAGGCAUUGCCAUUAAAAUAGAAGAAGGGGCAUAUAGUUCUUACUCAGACGGGAAGGGACCUCUAUUGCUCACCAAGAUGAUUGUGCGAGUGCGGUCGUGUAAAGGCGGAGUUGUUUACGUUAGACAGUAGUAAUACAGGUGAUAAUAUUGUUACUGUUGUUAAUGUUGAUGUACGUAUUUUAGCUUUUUUGUGUGCUUCGUACUUAGAACAUGACGGGGCGAGCAAAAGCGCUUGCAAGAUUAUUCGCUUUUAAAUAAAGUUGACCUAGCAUCCGUAAAGGCGGAGCAGCCUGACACCGUGACUAUGGCACGAUUUGUCAAACCGCUUGCCUUCAAGCACGGUUUAUAUAUUACUAAUAACAAUACGAAGAGGAAGCAUUAUUGUUGAAUCAUUAUUCUGUUGAAAGCAUAUUUAAUUUGUGCCUUCGAUCCGUGUCGAUGGACAAUGGCGGAUAUAUUGUGAAGGCUACUGAGGUAGAAGUGGUGAUUUCAAAUGCCUGUAUUCAAUUUGUAGCAGAGUCGGUCAUUUGGCUGAAAGUUUGCCCUCUCAAGUUCAAUAAUUUUAAAUAUAUAGCAGUUGCUGCAGUAUUAAUGCAUGACACAGUACAUUAGUAUGUGCCGUGCUCAGGGUUAGGGUUGCCGGAUCAACAGGGAAUCCGAGUAGGCGACUGUACCUAUGUAACAGAUUUGUAUUGUAAAACAAGGUGACUGACUGUGACGACGGUCUGCAUUGUCAAAUAUUGUGUGAUAACAUUCAAGCGUCCAUCGUUGAGUGGAGGCGUUCACCCUUCAAAACAGUUGAGAUAGCAAUAAAAAAAUGAACAUUUGUGAUUAGGGCCAAAUCGAAUUCAAAGAAAAACGGUAACCUCUCUGAAAUUACACAACGUAGAUACUUGAUCGAACCUGUGGAGUAGACCA